AUGAGCAAAGUUUAUGAACUUUACAUUCACUUACUUGUUAAACAACAACAUAGUCCUAUGAUUUCUACAAUAUCUAAAUAUGAACCAUCUGGUUUCAAAGAUGACAAUAAUCCAUUGUGUAUGGCUAAUAAAUUUAGAGUGAUGAGAUAUAGAUCAGAAAAAUUAUUAUUACCAGAUAACAUUCUCUAACAUUAUAUUAAUCUAUUUAAAAAUAAUAGAUAAUUGUUUAUACUAUUUCUAAGAUAAUUAACAUCUCCUAUAUAAGAAAAUGAAUUAUAGGAAUAAUAAUAGAUAGAAAAUAUUAUAUAAUAAAUUGAAUUAGAUAGUAUACUAAUAGAAUAAUUGAAUUUAUGGUCAAAUAUCUUUCAACUUACUUAAAAAUAACUCUAAUCCUUAUUUAUAUGUUAAAAUAUGACUGAUUAUUUAAAUUUCCUUAAAGAAUUCUUAAAAAAUCAAUUACAAACAUUUUAAAAUAUUGAUUUAUCUCAAAUCAAUUUAGAUGAUGAUUUUGACAAAACUGAACAAACUUAAAUUAUUUAUGUAAAUGAAAUGUAUGAGAAUCAUUAUAAACCAAGUAGUAAAAAGAAACUUGUAUCUUUUACACAUAAAAAUGAAUUAAGUGAAUCUGAUUAAAAUUCAAUUAUUAGAGUAAUUCAAAAAAAAAAAUUAGCAUCUAUUAGAGAUAUAUAUAAUGCAAUCAUAACAUAAUUUGAUCUUUAACCUAAAAUACAAUAUACUGAAUUAAAUGGAUAAUGGAUAUGUUAAAUUGAUAUUAAAGAAAUUUAAUCUAAGUAAACUUCUUAAAAUAAAACUUAAUCAUUAUUAUCUUCAUAAAUAUACAUCAUUAAAUAAUUAUGUCCAAUCAUAUUUGAUUAUAUACUGGAAAAUUCAAAUCAAGAUAUUGAUUAAAUUAAAAAUAAUAAAGGUAUCUUAAAUCUUGCAUUACCUACUUCUAAAAAUCAUAAAUUAAUACCUUAAGAAGAUUAUUUAAAAUAAUUACCUUAUAAUUAUGAAUUAAUUGAAAAUUAUAUUGAAAAUAAAACUAGUAAUGAAACAUGUUCAAUUAGAAAAUUAUAAAAUGAAGUAACUAAUUAUUUAAUUUAAAAAUAUAAUAAAUACUCUAUUAAUAAACAAUUAUUAAGUGUAGCUUCAACUUAUGAAUUAACUAUGACUUUUACGGACAAUGGCAAACAUAAAUCAAUUGAAAAGUAUAAUAUUAUUAAAAUAUGAUUUAGAACCUUUACAACUAAACUAAGAUUUUGUAAUGCAAGAUUAAUAGGAUAAUAAUAUAUAAUAAAUGUAAUAGGAAACUUAAUAUUUGGAGAGGAUAGAUCAAAAUAAUUUGAAAAUAUUAAUUAAUUUUUAUUAUAAAUUUAAUGA